AAAUUGGGUAUACUGAUCAAGGGUUUGCAUAUCUGUAUCCGAGCUACUAGACUAUACUUUUCACUUUUGACUACUGUGAAGAGCUUUUAUUUUGACCCAAAACACCGUUUAAAAGCUGAGAAGAUGCCGAAAAUUCAACAAGUGGCAGAUGAGACUAUCGAUAAUAAUUUGCUGGAUGCGGAAGCGAUUCUCGAGACGGAGAGUACCAUCGUCAAAUAUGUCGAAAACGAUCCAAUGAAGCCUUCAGAGUCAACAGCAGAUUUCGUUGAGGGAGAUUGCUUACGAGUUGAUGACUUGCCACCUGUACCUGACGUCAGUGAAGAUAGCGAUGUGCUAUCUGACAUCAGUGAAGAUAGCGAUGAUUCACAGCAGGCUCCACAGGAAGAGAGUGAUGACAGCUUACGAGUUGAAGAAGAUGCUGAUACACACCGAGUUGAGGAGUGCGAUGUUGAAUUCGAGAGUGAUGCUGUGGACAGCGACUCUGUAGUUGUUGACCAUGCGACGGGUGAGCGUAUUAGCCUCAAGUCGCUUGUUGAACUAGGAACGGGUGAAUUGAGCGAGGGCUACGGAAGUACGGCUGAAAAACCCCAGUUCAGUACCAUCAUUGAUCCUUUGAGCGGCUGCAGUAACACUAACAACACUAGCAAGGAGUUGGUUGCCGACCAAGUGCUUGAUGCCGAUAUCAAAGAAACUUCUGACCCGGUGUCUUCUCCAGCCACAUUGUGUAGAGGGGGAGAGUUGGGCGUAUCCAGUGACGAUGGCGAAACGACUUUGUCCAAAUCAUCGGCGGUGUCUUCUCCAGCCACAUUGUGUGGAGGGGGAAGGUUGGGCGUAUCCAGCGACGAUGGCAAAUCGACUUUGUCCAAAUCAUCGGCGGUGUCUUCUCUAGUCUCAUUGUGUGGAGGGGAAGGAUUGGGCGUAUCCAGCGAUGAUGAUGAAAUGACUUCGUCCAAAUCAUCGGCAGUGUCUUCUCCAUUGUAUGGAGAGGGAGGAUUGGACGUAUCCAGUGACGAUGGUGAAAUGACUUCGUCCAAAUCAUUGGCGGUUUCUUCUCCAGCCACAGGGGGAGGAUUGGGCGUAUCCAGAGACGGAGGAUUGGACGUAUCCAGCAACGAUGGUGAAAUGACUUCGUCCAAAUCAUUGGCGGUUUCUUCUCUAGCCACAGGGGGAGGAUUGGGCGUAUCCAGAGACAAUGGCGAAACGACUUCGUCCAAUGCAUCGGAAGAGAAUGGCUCUAAAAAAGUGGCUACCUCCCACUAUGUAUCUGCCGUAGCCAGUAACGAGAGGCAGAUCAUUGAGGAUCAUAUCUUACAGGAAGAUCAGAAGGAAGCUCCAUCCCACACCCGCCCAAAACGCACUGUGAAAUACCCAAAGCAAUGGCAGGAUUACCUCUGGUGCUCUGAUGAUAAGGAAGGUUUGCCUUCCUACAUCUCUGUGUUCCACUCCCAUUGCGGCCCCCCUGUGCAAGUGUCGUCUGGUCCACCACUGGCUGUAAUUGAGCUCCACCCCGGUCUUCCAUCUGCUCCUGUUUACAUUAAGAGACCCAAUCCUCUCCGUUUGCCUCCUGAGGGUGCUUUGGCUUGCUUCCCUCCUCCCAUGAAGUAUUCGGCAGAGUAUCGUGAGAGGUUGGUGUGCUAGCUACGUGCAGUGAGGAGUGAGGAGAAAACAAUUAACAUAAAAAUUAAUAUUGUAUAGUGACAGGAGAUAGUGACUAUUACAUGUACUAAGUAGUGUAUAAUGUAGUCCUGCUGAUUAUUUUUUAAUUGUUGUAUACAUGUAGCAUGCUGUUUCGUAGAAAUUAUUUUACUGAAAAAUGCUAA